GGGAGUUGUAGUCAUGCAGCAGGGGGUAUGUGACACACUUGACACUCGCCUGCACAUCUCCCACAUCACAUGACUACAACUACCUGCUCUUCCUGGCACCCCUGUGGCGAGCAUCCCAGAAAUGCCAAACUUCUUGAAGCCAGAAAUGAGGUCAAGUCAAGCAUUUUCUUUCAUUGUCCAACAUCUUCUGUAAUUUGAAUUCCAAACCAUGAUUAUAUUCAUUGUUCGGGCCACAAAACUCCUGAAUUAGGCCUCCCUGCAUCUGCUGACAGAGGAAUUCCAGUAAAGCUGCCUCUAUCUGUCUAUGGCUCAUUCAGCAGGCUAUAUAAACCCUAGCAGAUAUACCACUCGUCACGUUGCCUCCGGACUCUCAGCUGCUGGAUCUCGCAAGCAGGACAGAGCCAAUAUGACUCAACACUGUACUAAAUUUGCUGGACAUUGGAAGAUUAUUGUCUGGGAUGAAGAAUGUUUCCAGGGUCGCAGACAUGAGUUUACAUCUGAGUGUUACAAUAUCAUGGAACUUGGAUUUGAAACUGUCCGUUCAUUUAAAAUAGAGAGUGGGGCCUGGGUCGGAUAUGAGCACUUAGGAUUCCAAGGUCAGCAGUUUGUACUGGAGAGAGGAGAGUACCCCCGCUGGGAGGCCUGGAGUGGCAGCAACGCUUACCAUGUUGAGAGAAUGACCUCCUUCCGACCAAUUGCCUGUGCUAACCACCGUGACUGUAAGAUGACCAUCUUUGAGAGGGAAAACUUUCUUGGAAGGAAAGGAGAGCUGAGUGAUGACUACCCCUCUCUUCAGGCCAUGGGCUGGUGUAACAAUGAAGUUGGGUCUUUCCGUGUCCAGUCUGGAGCCUGGGUGUGCUACCAGUAUCCCGGUUAUCGUGGCUUUCAGUACAUUCUGGAAUGUGAUCGUCACUCAGGAGAGUUCAAACACUGGAGAGAGUGGGGAUCCCAUGCACAGACUUUCCAGAUCCAAUCCAUCCGCAGAAUCCAGCAGUAAACACCUUUUACAUGCAACUACAUCUAUUUUAUCCUGAAACUAACAAAAUGAGGUUUAAAGAGAAUAAAGCUUUUUGUUUAUC